UUUCGGCCAGGGAGAAAGAGUCUUCCAGUUGGGAUCGCUCAUUCUUACACUGAAUUGUCAGUUCCGACUUGAACUCGAGUGGACAGUCCAAUGCAUGUGCAUUAUCAUUAUUGGAUGGCAUUCCGUGUACUUUAAUAUCCAGUCUGGGUGAUGACAACAUUUCCCUUAUAAUUAUUGGCAAGAAGAAUUCUCUUCACCAAUAACUUCCCGUAUCACAAAAGUCGAUAUUCAAAGCCGAGGAAAAACAACGACAGCGAACUUGAGGACAUGGCGACAACCUGUAACGAGGAGAUGACAGACCGAGAGGGAGCCGGAUUUGCACAGACGUUCCUGACAUCCGGAGCCGGUGUGCUGUAUGCCCUGCUGUACACGGUUCUGUCCGCCGUCGCGUCACAGUUCAUGGCCCUGAAUAGCCAGGCAGGCAUACCUGGGCUGCAGCUGAUGUUCCUCGUCAAACUUGUACAGACCCUUGCUGUCGCGUUCUUCCUGCCCUUCUUUAGACCAAAACUGACAACUGAAAGCGGACGGCAAAGUCUACUCCUGGUGCUGUCGACCAUUCUGGAGAACCUUGGAUCUGUCUUCCAGUAUAUGUCCUUCAUCUAUGUUGUCCCUGGGAUCGCCUUCGGCAUCAUAAAAGGGUCAAUGCCUUUGGCCUCGGCCUGUAUUGGAUUUUUGUUCCUGAAGGAAACUGUGGGCGUCGUGGAUGGUUUCGGAAUCGUUCUCAACGUAGCCGGGGUUGCAGUGGUCGCAUCUGGAUUAAUCACGGAGAACACUUCGUCCACGCAGCAUCUGACGGCGUCCCUUCUCCUUCCGUUCGCAGCAACGUUCAGUAGAGCUCCAAAUCUGGUCAUCUCCCGGUCACUCAUCGGUGUACAAAAGGUGUCCGUUCUAACCGUGCUCUUCUAUGCAGACCUGGCAGGAGCGGUCGUGCUACUCGGACUGACGUACUGGUUAGAGACACCGGUUUGGGCGAUGUCGGCACAGACGGUGGGUUGCGUCAUCGCACUGUGCCUGUGUGUCUGCGGCGCACAAUUUGCCACAAAACUGUCACUGAAGACGGAAAAGGCGGGGAUCACUGCCACCAUCAAGACCUUCACCAUACCUCUCGCAGUGCUGUUGGACUACGUCGUUCAAUCGGAGUUUCCCAGUCUGCUCAAAUUUGGCGGUGUUGUACUCAUAGUGUUCGGUACCGGUGUAGUGGCGGUGUAUACAUGGUGGAAGCAUCGCAAAGAAACUCUUCACAAAGAAUUCAUGGAGAGCUUGGAUUUUAAUAAGUAAGUCAUUAAGUUUAUAUGGAAUAUGGUAUACAGGGUGCAAUGUAUGGAAAUAAUUCUAGCAAUAACUCUCCUAGACUAAAUAGUAUUUUGUGACAUGUUCUAACUAGAGUUCUACCACCUCAUACCUUCUCCAAAUGGUGUUGAGCUUUACCCCCGACGAUUGACAACAUAAAAUGCUUUUUACUGAUAAUGAUAAAGUCAUAUAGCAUUUCCGUGCCAAAGAAAGUCUUCACAAAGAUUUCAUGAAGAGCUUGGAUUUGGAUAAGUUAGUCAUUAACGGAAGUGUAUAAAACGUCAAGCUGUAUAGUU